AUGAGUAGCAAAGUCCAAGACGAAAAACCAAAAAAACGUGCAAUUGCUGUCAAUGCCACCGAUCGUUGGGUAGGCAACUCCAUUGCCCAUGGUCUACUAAAACGCGAGAAUAAUUAUGAUGACAAAGAGACGGAAAUAAUUGCGCUUACUCGCAAUCCUCAAUCUCCAAACGUAAAAAAAUUAGAAAGAGAAGGUGCAAAGAUCAGAGAAACAAAUUACACGAAAAAGGAGUCAUUAGAACGAGCGCUUCAAGGCGUAAAUACCUUAGUGCAUUUAAUUGAAGAUGACAAAAAUUGUGUUCGUUUUGCAGAAGAAUUAGUUAAAGCUGCUAAAUCUCAACAAGUCUCGAAUAUAAUUCUAAUUUCAUUUAUUGGAGCCGACGAAGAGCUGACAGACGUUCAUCGUAUCGCACAUAAUGUUGAAAAACUGUUGGAGAAGGAAUUUCAAAAUUAUAAAAUUAUAAGAUUAAAUUGGACUCAUCAGUGCUUCUUUUAUUUCACCAAAAGCAUCCAAGAAGAGGGUAUCAUUAAAAUGACACUCGACGCUGAAAACGAGCGACUCAAUCCAAUCGAUUUUUCGGAUAUCGUCCGCGCUAUUGAUGAUCUCGUAAAAAAUAAGGAAGGCUGUGCAAACGAAAAAAAAAUCAUCUAUAAUCUUACGGGGUACAAAGCCUUUACUCCAAAAGAUUUGGUCACCAUGAUCAAUGAUGCCAUUAGACCUGGUAGAGUUGAAUACAGACGAGUCAACAAUGAAGAACUUGCCCGAUAUUUUAGAACGCUUAGGAGUGAAAGGAAAGAUAUCGAAUAUGAUCCAAGACGAUUCUUUCCUUUAAGUGACUUUGAGAUUAAAAAACUUCUUGAUCUCUUGUGUUAUGUCAAAAAUGGUCGGGAUGCCGGAAAAUCCUUUGAUGAUUUUAAAGAAAUAACUGGCAAAGAGCCUAAACCUGUCGACUAUUUUUUCAAGGAAAAUGCUAAUGAAUUCACUCCAAAGAAAAAUGAUCUUUACAGAGGUCGUUAUAGAUAUUUUUCUCGUUUAUAA